AUGAACGGAGUUGUCGAUUCCAAAAAUCAUCAACAUACUCUCACCCCUCCAUCGACCAAUAAUAACAAUAAUACGAUCAAUAAUAAUAAUAAUAAUAAUGGAAAGAAAAGAUCGGAUAGUUUAAAUAGUACCACUUCAUCAAUUUUAUUUGAUCAUGACAAGCCUAAAUUUAUUGAAUUUACAACAAGUACUCCGAGUGGACCGAUUAAUAUUUCUUCAUUCAUUUCAAAGAUUUUUCAUAAUACAACAACAACAAAUCAACAAGCUAAUAAUACAUCAUCUAAUUUAUUAAAUAAUCAUCAUAGUAAUUUAUUAAAUUCUGAUUUAACUAAUGAUCACUCUGAUAAUUAUUACUUUUAUGAAAAUCCUACCAAUCAAGCAGUUUCACUUUUUGUUAGUGGUAAUAAAUUGAAAUUGAAUGAAAAUAUUAAAAUUAAACAAAAGAUUUUAAAUAGAGAAGAUAUAACUGAUACUGAAAAUAUUGAAGUUAAUCAAUUACAUUUAACAAGAAGAGAGAAACCAACAUUACAUGCCACUAGUCAUAAUAAUGCUAAUCAACAUUUAAAUUCUUCUCAAGAAUUUCAAAACAAGACACUUGAUAUUCAACAUAUUGAUAAUUUAAUUAGUAAGAAGAAGAGAUCAUUCUCAAUUACAAAGAAUAGCUCAAAUGUUAUUGAAACUGAAAAUGAUACUUCCUAUUCUGGAUUUUCACUUGUUAAUAAGAAGGAACUUUUGAAAAUGGAAAACAGAGUUGAUUUACAAGCAAGUAGACAUAAUAGUACUGAUUCUUUACUUUCCAGAUCAAAAUCACAUCCAGAAUUGUAUAAAUUUAUAAGUCAAAACAAUAGCUCAGAUGAAAUUGUAAACUCUGAUAAUAAUAAUAAUGGAUCAGCUCCACAAUCACCAAGUAAUGCUCUUCAACAACAACAACCUUCAUCUCCAGGUACACCAAAUAAUCUUCCAAAUUCAUCAUCAACUGGUUCUGGUUUUCAAUCAGGUACUGCUGAUUCCUAUCAUUCACCAACAAAUGAUUCUCAAAGUAUUGGUGUUAUGAGUCCUUCCAUCAUGACAUCACCUUCUCAUCAUUACCAUUAUCAACAACAAUUACAUCAAAAUCAACAACAACAACAAUUCAAUUCCUAUUCAACCCCACCUACCACACCCUCACGUGAAAAUACCUUUAAACAAUUUCUCAGUAAUACACUCCAAAAGAAGAAUCAUUCAAAACAAUUUUGGAUGCCAGAUGAUCGUGUCACUAAUUGUUAUGAAUGUUUAACACCAUUUAGUGUUUUUAAGAGAAAACACCAUUGUAGAAUUUGUGGACAAAUAUUUUGUUGGAAAUGUUCUGAUUAUUUCAUUGAUGGUAAAAAGUUUGGUUUAUCCUCUAAAGUUAGAGUUUGCAUUUAUUGUUACAAUUUAAUGAAGAAAGAUAGUGGUGAUUCUAAUUUAACUGAUUAUCCUAAUCAAUCAAAUAAGAUUGUUGACACGACUGUUGCUUCAUCCGGUUCAAAUUUACUAAAUUCUCAAAGAACAACAUUUUCAUCCAUGUUUACAUCGAGUGUUGCUGAGGAUUUUGAUGCAUCACAACAAUUUAAUGAUCCAAUUGAUGAGGAGGGAGAUCGAGUGGAUGGUCUUUCCAAUUUAAUGGAUGGAAUGGAUGGUGGAGCUGGUGCUGGUGGUGCCAAUUCUGCUGAGGAAGAUUCAGAAGAUUCAGAGGAUGAAAUGAUUUAUCAACAUCCUCAAGCAACUACCACUAUUUUUGAUGAUAAUAUGGCUAAUUCUGACAUGUUUAAUGGAAAUGCUCAACAAACUGUUGAUAAUGAAACAGUUCCAUUCAAAAUUAUUUCAGGAGAAGAAUUUGAACAAGGUUUUGAUGAACAUUUGAAUUCCAUUGAAGAAUCAUCACAAGUACAUUUGAAGAAUAUUGUUCUCCAAUUAAUUCAGAAAGAAAAUGAGCAACAUAAUCAAAUUAUUGAUAAGAAAUGGGAAGAAGUUAUUGUUGGUCUUGCUUUAAGAACUGUUAACACUGUAAAUCCAAAUAUGAUAAGGGGUGAUAAGAUGGAUAUUACCAAUUAUGUUAAAAUCAAAAAAGUAUUGGGAAGUAAUUUAUCGAAGAGUGAAUACAUUGAUGGAGGUGUUGUUUUUACAAAGAAUAUUAUUCACAAAAAGAUGAGAAAUAAUUUAACCAAUCCAAAACUCUUAAUGUUAACCUGUCCAAUUUCAUAUCAAUAUCACAAAGCUGAUACAUUGAUUGCAUCGAUGGAUAUUUUAAUAAGUCAAGAGGAAGAAUUCUUAAAACUUUUAGUUGAAAGAAUUGCUGAAAAGAAACCUGAUUUGGUAUUGUGUGAGAAAUCUGUGAGUAGACAUGCUAAGGAAUUAUUAUUAGCGAAGGGAAUUUCUGUUGCUGUUAAUGUUAAAAGAAGAGUUUUAGAAAGAAUUUCAAGAUGUAGUGGUUAUCCAAUUCUAUCUUCAAUUGAUGAAUACAACUCUGCAACUCAUCAACAAUUAGAACCAUCUCUACAACAUGUUAAUCAUGCCUAUGUUAAAAGAAUUGGUGAUAAGAAUUUGUUUAUUAUUUGUGGAAGUCAAACAGAUGCUCAAUGUACCAUUGUUUUGAGAGGAGAAAAUGAAAAGGAAUUGGACCUUGUUAAAAAGAUUUUCAAGUUUGCUAUUUAUGUUGCUUACAAUCUCAAAUUGGAAACUGAAUUCUUCUUUGAUCAAUGUGGUACUUUAUUAGAUACAAACCAAGAUGAAGACACAACUAACAAACCAUUCAUAUUAUCUGCCUCUCCUCAUGUUAAAUUCCCAUUGAAAAUUCAAGAUUUGGAUUUGGGUAAAUGGAACAUUUCAUCAAAUUUGAUUUUACAAAAGAAUCAAGAAGAAUGUACAGAAUUGGAAUCAUCAAUGUUUGAAAAACUCCUAACACCAUAUGCUCACCAAAACAUCAUUGUUCUAUUCACAAAACAUCCUAAAAUUGAUCCAAAAGUUAUUUCCAACAUUGAAAAUCCAUCAAUUUCACCUCCAGAAACUAUUGUCAUUGCAUAUUACACUGAAAAUGAUAUGCCAUUAGGAAAGUUUCUUGAACUCAGAUGUUUUAAUAAGGCCAAUUUGGCAAAUUAUUUGAAUACUAUCCGAAUCUAUACUCAUAAUGAAGGUAAAAUAACUUUAACCAUUGAAAAGUCAUCAGAAAUAAUUUCCUCCUCAGAUGAAGGUAUUGCCAUGUGGAAUUAUUGUAAAAUUUGUGAAAGACACGUUACACCUGUUAUUCCAAUGUCCGAAAGUGCCUACAAGUAUUCAUUUGGUAAAUUCCUUGAAUCAACAUUUUAUAAUCAUUCAUUGAAAUGUAGAACAGGAGGUUGUAAUCACUCAGUUCAUCAUGAUCAUAUUAGAUAUUUUGCCUAUAAUGAUAUUAUUGCCAAGUUUGAAUACAAACCUGUGAGUGUAUAUAAUUUAGUGUUCCCAGGAAAUCAAAUUACCUAUGAUAGUAAUCAACAACGUAAUCAAUUCUUGAUUCUUAUUCAAAAUGUCACUGAUGCUUGUCAGAUUUUAUUUAAUGAUUUUAAUCAACUCGUAAAUGAAAUCUCUUGUAAUUAUUCAGUAUUGACACAGGAACAAAUCACUCAAGUUACUGAACUUGGAGAACAAAUCAAAACACAACAAUCUUCACUGUGGACAACAUUAGAAGCCAUUUCACAAACCAAAGAAAAUAUUUACACUUUGAAUGAUUUUAUUAGAAAUGUUUACAUUUCCUCAUUGGGAUGGAAUGAUAUGAUUAUUGAAAUGUUUUCCAAGUUUGGAAUGCUCAAAAACAAUGGUAAAUCUUCAACCUCAAUCAAUAAUAAUACUUCAUCCAUUCCAAAUGCAUCUUCAUUAACUAGUAGUUGUAUAAAGAAGAAGGAAACAAAGAUUUCUGUUCAAUUAACAGUUGAUGAAAAUAGAAUCAAAGUAAUACUUGAAGAGAUUGAAUGUGGUGUCAAUGUACCAUUACUUAAUUUAGAUAAUGUUGAAACAAUGAGUACAAGUAGUAGUUCAAAUGGUAGUAGUAUGGUUAAUAGUAAUAGUCUUGGUAAUUUUACCACUAGUACUGGUUUAUCACUUGAUACUAAAAUUGUUUCUCCGAGAGGAGCUGAUACAGAUGGAGAGUUGGUUUCACCAAUUUCAACCUCAAGAAAAUCAUUUAAUAUUUUCACAUUCAAGAAUCAAAACAAACAAUCUUCAAUCUUUGAUCAAUUACAACUUAAACCAGUGAAAUUACCAAAUAUUAUUGAUAAUGUUUCAGCUCACAUGUUUUUACCAUCAGGUUCUAAUGAUGCCAAUGUAAUUGUUUACAAUGAUGAACCAUCUACUAUUAUUUCCUAUACAUUGAGUUCAAAUGAUUAUUACAAAUUCCUUCCUUCAAAAGAUGAUAUUGAUAUUGAAUUAGUUUUAAAAUCAAAAGAUAAGAAUCACUACAAGUUUUCAUUCUAUGAUACACCAAAUUCAACUUCCAGUAACAAGGUAACACUUAUUAAUGGUGCUGAAUUACCAUCCAAUACUGCAAUAGCUUCAAAUCCAAUAUCUGCAGGUAGAUCUAAGAAUAAGACCAAGUUCAGUUGCACUUGCUUCUUUUCUAAUCAAUUUUCUGCUUUAAGAAAAGCCUAUUGUAAUGGUGAUGAUUCAUUUAUUCAUUCACUUGCUAGAUGUGUCAAGUGGACACCAACAGGUGGUAAAAAGGGUUCAUUUACCAUGUCUUGGGAUUCUAGAUUUGUGUUAAAAGAAGUUUCCCGAGUUGAAUUGUUAUCAUUCUUAGAAAUUGGACAUUCCUACUUUGAAUAUGUUGCCAGUUCUUUAUAUCAUGAAUUACCAAUUGUUUUAGUUAAAAUAUUGGGAGUUUUUAGAUUGAGUUACCAUGAUAAUAAGGGUAAACCAAUCAAGAAAGAUGUGAUUGUUAUGGAUAAUUUAUUCUACAAUAGAAAUAUAUCAAAGAGAUUUGAUUUGAAAGGUUCUACAAGAAAUAGAUAUCAAAAAACAGAAGGAGCCACAUUGAUGGAUGAGAAUUUACUCGAAUUUAUUUGUAAUGGAUCUCCUCUCAUAACAAGAGAAGCAUUCAAGUCAAUUUUGACAAUUAGUGUAUUCAAUGAUACCCUAUUCCUUAGCAAGCAUAAUGUCAUGGACUAUAGUUUACUAGUUGGUAUAGAUGAAGAGAAUGGGGAUAUUAUCCUUGGUAUUAUUGACUAUGUGAGACAAUACACGUGGGAUAAGCAUUUUGAGACUUGGGUCAAAUCUGCUGGUAUUAUUAGUAAUAAGGGUAAGGUUCCAACUGUUAUUUCACCAAAACACUACAAGACAAGAUUCAGGGAAGCAAUGCAAAGGUAUAUUGUUGCUACAUGCAGCAAAUUAACAGGUUUAUUGAGUUAAACUCCAAAAUUCCAAAUUAGCACUCACUGAACCAGCAAUAAAACAAUUCUCUGCAAAA